UGCGGGUCGGCAGCAUGGCGGCCUGGCUGCUUGGGAGCCGGUGCGGUGCUGCAGCUUCUCGCAGAGCUCCUCUGGGCUCCCGCCGGCGGUGGUCCGACCACUCGGCAGACACCGUCUAUGAUGUGGUGGUGUCGGGCGGAGGCCUGGUCGGAGCUGCCAUGGCCUGUGCCUUGGGCUAUGAUAUUCACUUUCAUGACAAGAAAAUCCUGUUGCUAGAGGCAGGUCCAAGGAAAGUAUUGGAGAAAUUGCCAGAAACUUACAGCAACAGAGUCAGCUCCAUAUCCCCUGGCUCUGCAACCCUUCUCAGCAGUUUUGGUGCCUGGAACCACAUCUGCAACAUGAGAUACAGAGCAUUUCGGCGAAUGCAGGUAUGGGAUGCCUGCUCAGAGGCCCUGAUAAUGUUUGAUAAGGAUAACUUAGAUGACAUGGGCUAUAUCGUGGAGAACGAUGUCAUCAUGCAUGCUCUCACUAAGCAGCUGGACGCCAUGUCAGACCGAGUGACAGUUCUCUACAAGAGCAAAGCAGUCGGCUAUACCUGGCCUUAUCCAUUCCCCAUGGCAGACUCCAGCCCUUGGGUUCACAUUACCCUAGGUGAUGGCAGCACCCUCCAGACCAAAUUGUUGAUUGGUGCAGAUGGUCACAACUCCAGAGUACGACAGGCUGCUGGGAUCCAGAAUGUUAGCUGGAACUAUGACCAGUCUGCUGUGGUAGCUACUCUGCAUUUAUCAGAGGCCACAGAAAACAAUGUUGCUUGGCAGCGAUUUCUUCCCUCUGGGCCCAUUGCUUUGCUCCCGCUCUCAGACACCUUAAGUUCCUUGGUUUGGUCCACGUCCCACAAACAUGCAGCAGAGUUGGUGAGCAUGGAUGAGGAAGAGUUUGUGGAUGCCGUCAACUCUGCCUUUUGGAGUGAUGCUAACCACACGGACUUCAUCGACUCAGCUGGCUCCAUGCUGCAAUAUGCCUUUGCCUUUCUGAAGCCUACUAAGGUCUCAGCUCGCCAGCUGCCCCCAAGUGUGGCCAGGGUCGAUGCCAAAAGCCGAGUGUUGUUUCCUCUCGGGUUGGGACAUGCUGCUGAGUACGUGCGGCCUCGGCUGGCUCUCAUUGGGGAUGCAGCCCACAGAGUCCAUCCACUUGCAGGACAAGGUGUCAACAUGGGCUUUGGGGAUGUCUCCAGUUUGCUUCAGCACCUCAGUACUGCAGCCUUCAGUGGGAAAGACUUGGGUUCCAUGAGCCACCUCACAGGUUAUGAAACAGACAGACAGCGUCACAACAUUGCUCUUCUGGCUGCUACUGACCUCCUCAAAAGGCUCUAUUCCACCAGGGCCACUCCACUUGUGCUGCUCAGGACAUGGGGCUUGCAGGCCACAAAUGCAGUAUCACCACUCAAAGAACAGAUUAUGGCCUUUGCAAGCAAAUGAGUGCUCCUCUGGCGGUUAUGUUGAUGAAAAGAGAACAUCUUUUCCUAAGACCAUCACAUAUUUUCCAGAUUUAAUUUAAUAAAUUUACAUUA